AUGGUGGACGAGUCGAUGAGAUCUGACACGUUCAACUUUGGCGGCCACGACUGGCGUCUUUUAUACUAUCCCAACGGCUGCGGGAAGGAGUACGAGGGCUCCCACGUCUCCCUCUUCCUCGAGCAUGACGGCCGUCGUUCAUGGGACGACGAGGAUGCCACGACAAAGGCUCAGGCGAGUAUACUCGACCAGGCCGGGGUGCCAUCCUACACCCGAACCAUGCCAGACCUCGGCCUUCGCGAUCUACCACGAGGAUGGAGGGACUUCAUCAGCCACGAGGAUCUCGACAAGCAGAAGCAUCUCAAGGACGACUGCCUGACCAUCCUGUACGACCUCACCGUGGUCACCGAGGAGUGCACAGAGGUUGCCACGGAGCCGGAACCCAUAGUUGUGCAGCCGCCAUUCGACUUGCACUUGCACCGGCCAUUCGUGGAAGCCAUCUGGAACAAGGAGAGACCGGACGUUGGGAUACUGGUCAGCGGAGAGAAAUUGUCCACGCACCGGUGGCUGCUCGAGGCCCGAUCCCCCGUCUUGAUGGCGGACCUCUCGCGCGCCUCUGCAGCCACCACCGACGAGGACACUAUCCAACUACGGGUCGACGACAUCGAAGCCGAUGUGUUCAAGGCUCUGCUUCAGUUCAUAUACACAGACUCGCCUCCUUCUAGAAACCUGCUAGAGACGGCCAUGAUGGCGGAGAAGCUGCUCGUUGCGGCGGACAGGUACGAGCUGGAGAAGCUGAAACGAGCCUGCGAGGAGGCGCUUUGCCGGCACAUCGACGUGGGCUCAGUGGCCGCCACUCUCGCGUUGGCGGAGCAACAUGAUUGCCCGGUGCUGCGGGAGGCGUGCAUGCUGUUCCUCUCUUCUCCAGGGAAUCUUGAAGCGGUCGUGGCAACAGAUGGGUUUGAGCUGCUGAAGAAAUGUUGCCAGUCUGAUAUGUUGGAACUCGUGGUGAAGAAGAUGAUCUGA